AUGGUCGAGGCAAUUAGGGACCGAAGCUUCGAUUGGCUGAGCAAUGUUGCAAGCUCGUCAACGACACUUGAAAAAAUGCUUAACACGAAUGGAAAUUGCAGCAAUAUUUCUGGCUGGAAUGAAUUGGUUGACUUAUACGCUUCACGGCUACAAACAGCAGAUAAGUCGACUUGCCCAAGUACUUCAAGGAAACGCCAGGGCAGCGAAAGUAAUGGGGAAUCAGCUGAUAAGGUCCGAAUUCUUGAGAAACAGACAACGCUUUUCAAAAACAAUCAGCUGACAUGUCCAAUAUGUGAACAUACGGUAUUAUCCAGCACAUUAAAGUCACCCGAUCUCACUGUGCGGAAAUUCAUACGACAUCUUCGUAAACAUGAAGGAGAGCUGGACAAUUCUCAAAAAGUUCCCUGUACAUCAUGCUUCACUUUUCAUAAGAAGUCAAAAAUGGAUGAGCAUUUCAAACAAGAACAC